AUGGCGACCAGCACAGCCGCCGUCGACGAGUACUCCAUCGUUUACGGGACGGGGGAGCGGUCACGGUGUCCGGGGAACGUCGUGGAGCAGCAGCUGACCGGUCUGGAGGAGUCUACGACGUACAGCGUCACCAUAACCAGCCUGCUGGGAGACACACACAGCAGCCCAGCUACAGCUAGCUUCACUACGACCCCAGGAGAGGAGGAGGAGGAGGGGGGCCCGCAGCACUUCCAGGCCCGUCAGGUGACCCCCCGCACCGCCCUGUUGUCAUGGGAAACACCCGCCGCCACCGCUGUGGACCGCUACAGGCUGACCUAUCAGACAGAGGGGGAGGAGCCAAAGGAAGUGACGCUCAACGCCACGACAACCAAUCACAAGCUAAGGCGCCUCCGGCCGGGGUCGGUUACACGGCCACGCUGCGGGGAGGAGAGAGACGGCCGGCCCGGCCCCCCCGUCCCCGCCCACUUCAACACAGGCCCCCUGCGGUUCCCCCACCCGGCUGACUGCUCUGAGGAGCUGCUGAACGGGAGGGGGAGUCAGGGGAGGUGGAGGUCUUCCUGGGGGGGGGCGCCGGGGGUCCCGCUGCCCGUCUACUGCGACAUGGAGACGGACGGGGGGGGCUGGACGGUGUUCCAGAGGAGGAGCGACGGCUCCAUAGAUUUCUUCAGGGGCUGGAAGGACUACGUCAAGGGCUUUGGAGAGCUGGGGGGCGAGUUCUGGAUGGGUCUGGACAACCUCCACCUGCUGACCUCAGGGGCCGAUAUGAGCCUCAGGGUGGACCUCCGUGACGGGGAGGAGGCGGCCUACGCCCGCUACUCCACCUUCCGGGUUGCCAAGAGGAACUACCGGCUCAGCGUGGCGGGAUACAGCGGCACCGCUGGUGACUCCAUGUCCUAUCACAGCGGCCGGCCGUUCUCCACGCGGGACCGGGACCCCGACCGCUCCAUCACGCGCUGCGCCGUGUCGUACCGCGGCGGCUGGUGGUACUGGAACUGCCACAAGGCCAACCUCAACGGCCUGUACGGCAGCGGAGAGCGGCACCAGGGGGUGAUCUGGACCACUUGGAAGGGGAAGGAUUUCUCGGUUCCGUUCACAGAGAUGAAGAUGAGACCCUCAGCCUUCAUCCCCCCCGCCCGCUGAGAGAGACACACGCACAAACACACACUCACACAAACACACACACACUAUUAAACACACACAUGCACACAAACUGAAACCCAACUUGCGCUUUGAUACGACGAUCACAACCAGAGACUGUUUUCUACUCCAGAUAAACCUUUAUCCAACAUUACAAAAUACAUUACAUGACAGCACAAUCAUUAAAUUACAAUACAUUACAUUACAGUACAUUACAGUAUAUUAGCAUUCAAAUACAAUACAUUACGCUACAUUACAAUAAAAUACAUUAUGUUACAUUACGUUACAGUACCUUAUGUUACAUUACGUUACAGUACAGUACAUUACAAUAUAAUGCAUUACAUUACGUUACGGUACGUUACGGUACGUUACAUUACGUUACAUUACUUUACGUUACAUUACUUUACGUUACAUUACUUUACGUUACGUUACCUUACGUUCCAGUACAGGGCGAGCGUCUGAGUGUAAUAUAUGAAGGUAUUAUUGUAGCAAAAGUCUUAAGCAUCUGUAACUGCAGAUUUUGAAUGCGUACACUAAAGUCACAGUCAAUUUCAAGUCGUAAAUAUUUAUUUUGCAUGUGUACUCUACUGUUGGUGCAAAACACAUUCGCACACCCGUGUUUCAUAUUCUGAGAAAAUGCCCAAAAUGUGUGAAUUUGUAAACCCAAAUGUGAACUAAUACAUCAGAAGUUGCAAAUCUGUGAAAUAUUUCCUCACAGAUGAAAUUAUAUAGAUCGCUAUGUUCAAUGAGCAUUUUAAUGAGCGAGCACGAGUCCAUCGAUACAACUGCUUGAAUUUGCUGCUACGAGUCUCAGCUGUUAUUUUUCUUGCAGAUAAUUUUGCAACACGUCUAUGAUGUGGUACAAGUGACAAGCAAAACUACCUGCAAAAAAACCCACAGCUGUGACUUGCAGGAGCAGAUUCGAGCAGUUGUAACGAUGGACUUGUGCUCGCUCAUUAAAAUGCUGGAUCAACAUAGCGUUCGAUAUCAUUUUAUUUGUGAGGAAAUUUUUCACAGAUGUGCAACUUCUCAUGCAUUAGUUCACAUUUGGGUUUACGAAUGCACACAUUUUGCACCAAAUGCGAUCCAUUGAUUGUAGCAAAAGGAUUUGUGCACCUGUAACACAGACUUGUGAACUCGUAGACCCUUUUUUGUGUUUACAAUGGUAGAAGAAAUAUUUACGACUUCAAAUGUACUGUUACACAUUUGUGACAUUAGAGUACACAUGCAAAAUAAAUACUUACGACUUCAAAUUUACUGUGACUUUAGUGUACGCAUUCAAAAUCUGCAGUUACAGAUGCUUAAGACUUUUGCUACAAUAAUACCUUCAUAGUAAUGUCCCUCCCUGGCCGCCGGAGGCCACUGUUCAGCCUCUGACCUUACGGCUGUCAUUCCUCUUGCUUUUCGAGUAAUGAAUAGGCUGUUAAAUAAGCUCUGUAAAAUGUAUUAGAGUUCUUUUUUUAUUAUAAAGAAUAUAGAUAUGUGCAAGUAAAAACAAAUCUAAUAUCAAAACACAGGAUAGAAGCAUUUCGAGUCAAUGUCCAAGUCUGUGUCCUAAUUCAACUAGUUUGAGGUUUAAAACAGCUGAGUCUUUUGUGUAAGAUUUACAUUUUAUUCAAUUAACCUGCCGGUCUGGUGGAGUCAGUGACACGAGAUUGGAGCUUCUUCUUGUUUGAACAAACUCUUUUGGGUUUCUCAUGCGACAAUAUCUAGCGUUUUUGUACCUUCCUAUUUUUGUAAUCAUUAAACCCUAUAUUGGUACCAGGUAUAUGAUAUCUGAAAUAAAUACUGUUCAAUUUUUAUAA